AUGUCCAAUAAUCCCGCUGCUGAGCACCCGGCUCAGUCAGACAAACCACCCACUGCACAAUCCGCUAUGGCCGUCGAAGAUCUAACGUCCCCAAAUACUCCAUCAGCGCCUCCUAGUCCUACGACCUCUGACAGUGACACUGCCCGACCCACAUUGGAUGGGACAACAUUGGCCUCCAGCGCAUACUCGCGCAGUGAGUCUAACUUUUCCGACCUCACGGAGGUCCCAUGGGAUGUUGGAUUAAGACGAGCUCUACAUCGUUUGGCGAUGAUGAGAAGUAAUAGCUACCCACCACUACCAGCUCCAAUUCCGAUGGCCGAGGAGCGCCCAUCGCCGGGAGCUUCAUCAGUUUGGUACAGCACCAACGAUGGCGGUCCAGUUUUUGCCACCUUCGAUGAAGAUGGCCAUCCGAUCCGGCCGGAAACCCCAACCGAGCGGCCGUUCAUUCGCCCUUCACUACCCAGCCCUUGGGGUUCACGACCAGCAUCGCGCGAAUCAUCGACCGAACGUCGCGGGGCGACAACUUACUGUCCAUUCGAGAUGGAAGAAGACUGGUUGGAAGGUGGUACUGGGUUCACUGUUCCGACUCCCCCUCGCCAAAUACCAGAAAAUCUCUACCCAGUAAGACGACCAAGACAGGAAAUUUAA